UUUUUUUUCUUCGGACGGUCCUCAAAAACUUCCUUGGGUGUGGGUAAAGCCGAAGCCAGAUAACAGACUAGUUUGGAAAGCAGAGACAGCAAUACAGAGUCAACAGUUUAGGCCUAUCUAUCAGCAGAGAAAGAGAGGAUCAUAUGUCCUCUCAAUUUUCAUCAUCAUUGAUUCGGACUAGGAGGAAUCUGAAUCUGCUGCCUUUGAUUCCUCCCACAAGUAGAACAAGGGUCUUCCUCCAACUGAGGAUGAUGAUGACGAAGAAGAGAGAGCAAGGAGACCCCGAGAGUCAGAGUCGGGAGAACCACAAACCUCGUGGUGUUAACGAGCUUCAGCAACUCUUGCACAGCGACUCUACAGGUGGUGCUGGUGGUGGUGAUUGGGACAAGUGCUGGGAGCAAGGUCUCACCCCUUGGGAUCUAGGACAGCCAACUCCUGUUAUUGCUCAUCUUCAUAGGUUGGGAGCCCUUCCCAAGGGCAGGGCUCUUGUCCCUGGAUGCGGCACUGGUUAUGAUGUUGUAGAGAUUGCAUGCCCUGAACGCCAUGUUACCGGUUUAGACAUUUCACACAAUGCCAUUAACAAGGCCCUCCAGUUGUUUUCUUCACUACCCAAUGCAAUGCAUUUUACCUUCUUAAAGGUGGACUUUUUUACCUGGCAUCCAACUGAAUUGUUUGAUCUCAUAUUUGAUUAUACGUUCUUCUGUGCUAUUGAACCAGACAUGAGAUCAGCAUGGGCACAAAAGAUGAGGGACAUCUUAAAACCAGAUGGAGAGCUCAUAACGCUAAUGUUUCCAAUCAGUGAUCAUCUUGGUGGACCCCCAUAUAAAGUGUCUGUUUCAGAUUAUGAAGAGGUGUUGCAUCCCAUGGGCUUUAAAGCAAUCUCCAUCUUGGAUAAUCAUCUGGCUGUCCUACCUCGCAAGGGACGAGAGAAGCUAGGAAGGUGGAAGAGGCCUGCAAGUAAAUCCUCUCUAUGACAAUGAUAAUCCUUAUCCUAGUUAAAGCAUCGAGUGGCCUCCAACUGAAAAUAGUGAAAUUUGAACUGGACAUUUAUGUAGUGAUUUUCAUUCCUCUUUGUUCGUCUAGAAUCCGGACAUGUAAGCCUGACUCUGGUAUUACCGUCAUCACUCAUCCUUCCUGAGAGUAGAUUAGUAGUUGCUGUUGACUCGGGAUCAUUUGAUAAAGGUAUCUGAUUAUUUACUUUAAAAAAACUUGCACAUACUAAGACGAAUCAUCUGUAUAUAUUCUCAUUCAAUCUGCUUUGAACCACAGAGAUCAGAAUGUACAGACGAGAACAAAUACGUUCUUCAAUGUUAUAAUGAAGAGAUGGCAGUAUUAAGAACCGGAUAUCUUCUCCUCUCCUCAUAUUUGGUUGCUAAACCCAAUAAUACUCUUCAAUAGAGACGCCUACAUAUUUCUAGAUAUGUCCUCAUUUACACCAUGUGGGCUCAUACAGUCAUACAAAUAGAAUCUGACUGGUUAUGCAAGAACAGCAGUAGUUCCAGUCCUAGUAUCCUAAACACAAAGGUCGCCCUGCCAACCAAAGCCUUGUGUUUGAUUUCUUUGAUAUGAAGCCUAGCCCCAAUCUCAAAUUGCAUCAAUCAAUUGUGCUUGAAGCUUCUUACAAUGCAUACAUCCUCUUGUACUCACUGUUCAAAAUCUCAUGAUCCGAUGCCACAGACAUAGAGAAGGAGGAACGGGACCUGCUCUCAGCUUUCCUAAUGUUCCUCAAUUUGGACUCCUCCAUCCUGUGUAAGACGACACAGUAGCACAUGGAGCCAAUAGUAGUCAGCAUGAUUGUACUGCCUAUGAUAGUUGCGCACACAGCAAGCCACCUGGACUGUGAACCCACCACCACAUAAGACAGAGAAAUAAAA